AUGGAUCCUAGUCAGCGGGCCGUAUUGGCUUCGCCUGGACUAAGCUCACGUUUCAAGAAACGCAUGGGAUCGUGGAUUGCCGGCAUGAAAGGAGAUGACAUUGCUGGACUAACAGCCGAUCAGAUAGAGAUUGCUGAAAUGGGUAAACCACGUUUGGGUGAAUAUGCAAAAUGUCAGAUUACCAUCAAGGAAAGCAAAGAAUUCCAGGUAGGAUUUGCGGCAAUUAAUCUCAAGUUCCUGUUUAAAUAGGG